AUGACAAGCAAUGGAUCGACUAGCUGUGGUGGCAGCCAACCCUCCAUCUAUUCGCGGUUCAGGGAGAAACUGCCAGACAAACCAUUGUUAGUCAGCGGCGCAGUCGGAGGACCAUGCGUGAUCUUCCUGUGCACACCCUUGCGAAAUGGAUUGACCUUGGGCGCCCAGGACAAGAAGUCGGGCAUCGCUGGUUUAUACCGCAAGGUUUUUCGAGGUGGCCCGCAAGCAGGCUGGACCGGCGGCUUGGCACCCGCUGUCGUCGCUUGCCCUCAGUUCCUGGCAGUUGGCCCUGUGCAAGCCUUAAAGGGGCAGUUGCUUCUUUUGGAGCUUCACUCCUUGAGACGGUGCGCCGGCUGCAAUGCCUUCUUCUUGCGAGGGGGAGAGCAGUCUCUUGCGACUUUGGCUCAAGUUUCUGACCUAACCAUGGGUGCGGGCUUGGUGUCGCUCAAAGCGUCGAAGCCUCGACAAAGAGAGUGCUUCUUCGUGUUGCACUUGGUGCUCGAGAUUCAGGCAGAAUGUGGCAGCAUGGCAUCAGAGGGCAAAGCGAAAGCUCGCGGAUCACCCGAGGCCGGUGCUGUGCAGGAAAAGAAUGAGGGAAGCGUGUUGAAGGCGGGCCCGGGCGGCGCCGGCCCCGGCGGCGGGGGCCCCGGCGGCGGGGGCACCGCGGGCCGAAGCCGCGACAACUUUUUAUCGGCUGCUGUUCUGGGCAACAUGGUCAGUCUUGGGUCGGAUGCUGCCAAUGCUGGCAUGAUGGCGGUAAGACAUGCACGGAUCAUCCAGCAGCUCAUUCUGGCUUCUGGAAACGAAGCCAGCAAAGCUUAUGAGAAAUGGCAGCGCCGGGGCAAAGCCUCUGUGUUCUCAAGGAAAGACGUGGAUGACCUGCAGAACGACGUGCGGAAAGCGGGGAACAAGCUGCAGCAGAAGCGCCGCGCGAGCCUCCUGCAGCGCCUCUCCACGGAGGCCUCCACGGCCACGGGCCUCCAAGCGCAGGACGCUUUUGGAAGCCGACGUUCGAUGACGGAGACGCCGAAGCCGGAAGCGAGACAAGGUGGAGCCUCGCCGGAGUCCCGCGAGUCCUUCGCUUCCGGCAGCGGCUCAGACCAGCCAAGUGGCGAGAGUGCCGAGCCCGGCGGCGGGCCCUCCUCGAGCGGGACCUCCAGCGACAGCUCGAGUGACUCUGGAGACUCCGACGAAGAGGUGCCAGGGCUGGGCUUCAUGCGCAUGGCCGGCGGGCGAAGGGCCUCUUUCUCUGCAUCGGAGAAUCCUCUGAACCUCGUCGCCCAGAGGAGGAUCGCGGUUCGUCAGCCGUCGCUGCUGCAGCAGCCCGCCCUGGGACAGCUGGUGCGGCAAUCCAUGCUGAGCCCGGGCGGGGGUUCGGCUGGAGCUACCCUGCAGCCGAACCCUGCAGGAAGUGAGGCGCGGCCGAAGAGGCAGUCGCAGUGGGGUCAACUUGCAGGCCUGGCCAGGCUUCUCAUACCGAAAGACGGGAGUGCAGGACCUGGAUCCAGCAUUUCUGCAGCACCAGACGAGUCGGGCCGCAGUGAUGUUGAGCAGAGCGACACGCAAGACGAAGGCAUCAACGAAGGACGAACCUUGGAGCUCACCCCUGCUCAGAGACGGAAGCUGCCGGAGGUCUUUGGGAUCUCAAAGUUCCGUGACAGGACGACCAUCCUCGGACAGCAAUGGCAGGAGCCGGCCCCGACCUUGAAGCGCUUCCACCUCGAGGUGGCAGAGCGGCUUGGCCUCGACGCGGGAGACUGGGAUCCAGGGCUGACCUAUGAGAUGAGCGUCGGGAAGUUGGAGGAGCUGGCCGAGAGGAAGAUCUUGCGACAUCAGGAUCGGGCGGCCACGCGGAUCCAGAGCAGGUGGAGGAGCUACCGAAUCCGUUUGCCCAUGCGGCAGGCCAUCCUGCAAAGGUUGGCGGCCCGGCACAGACUCCGAAGCUGGAUUCGCCGGGUCAUCCGGAGGAGACGUGUGGCGGAUCGCAUGAACCACCUGCGCUUCUGUAUCCAAGCGGCCAUCACCAUCCAGGCGCAUCUCCGCCGGUGGAGGGUGCAGAGAGAGCUGGCCUCUGCAAGAGACCUGCAUCGCGUGCAGUACCGAAUGACCCUCCUGAGCAAAGAGCUUCUUGGGAGGAGCCGGAAAGAGGUGCUGACCUUCGGUUCUCAAUCCAGGAACGCUCAGAUGGCGUACAACAAGUCCUUUGUUCUCUUCGCAUCCGUUGUGGAUGGCUCGCGCAAAAACGUUCCCUUGACACCUGUUCAGGACAUGUGGGGCCCUGGUGCCGAGGCACUCCUGAUCCGAAACUUCCUCAGUCAUGGCAGUUCGAAGCCUCUCGCCCUGGUUUCAGGAGCGGCUGCCGGAGAUGCGGGGCAAGGCGGGCCUCUGCGACGUGGGGAGCUCCCUGGUGAUGUGCAGCGUGACGGCCCCGGUUCACCAACUCUUCAACUUCCUCGCCACGAGCCCCGAGGCGAAGUUUGUGAGCUUUGCCCGCAGGGCGAGCAUGGUUCCCCGAGCAGAUCCGAACGGCCCGACGAGCACGCCGUCAACAGCCCAGCCUUCGGCAAUCGCAGCUUCCGGGAAGAGGCUGAGAGGCUGAGAGGCGCCUGCGAUAGGAUCGAAGAGGAGCAAGCGAGGGAGCGCUUCGCCCGGCGACUCGCGCAAGGCACCCUGGACGAGGCGUCGCUGCCGAGCCUGCUCUUGGAGCUUCAGACGGAGGCUCCUUCCUGGGGCAGCACGAGGCGGCUGCGCAGUGUGGCAUUGCUUCUGGUCUACGUGUCUCGGUCCUCUCGAGUCUGUCGGGGUGCGUUCGUUGCACAGGGCCUCCCACUGCUGGGCGAGCUGAUGACCGAAUCAGUGCAAGUGCUGGAGGCUGGGCCAGACACGGAGCGCCAGGAGGCGGGGCUGCGAACUCUGGCGAGCCUCAGCUGCUUGAACGCCCUCGCAGUGGGCCGCGCCACGAUGUGGGAGCAUCGGCAGAUCCUCGGCAAGGCCUUCGACCGCCUACACCGUUGGUGCAGCCAGGAGAGGACGGCUCUGGCGGCCGAGCUGCGCGCCCCAACGCAGUCCUUGUCCAGGAGGUGGCGGCAACAACCCAAGCCGGCGGUGCAGGAUACCCCCGCCAACAAAGCCUUGCGGGUGAAGGUGCUGGAACUGAUCCGACAGGGUCUGGAAGACGGUGCUGGGUCGCACGCGACCGUGGCCUCGGAGAUCGAGGCGGCGCUCUACGCCCUCUAUGCAGGCGCCAGCAGCGACUACCGGCAGCACGCCCGGAUGCUCCGUCACAACAUGGUUCAGCCGGAGAACGGUGCCCUCAGAAGACGAAUCCUGACUGGGGAAAUCGGUGCGCAGGACUUGGUCCGAAUGGACUCGAGGUCCUUGGCCCCGGAGACACUGCAGGAGCAAAGGCGCCGUGAGGAGUUGGAAGCCCUGAAGAGCGUCGUGAUCGCAGAGGCGAAGAGCGCGGCAGCCGCACCCCCAUCUUUCGACUGGCGAGAUGAAACCUACAACCCAAGUGCCAGAGAAGAGGAAGAUGCUGGAGCUCGGCAGGUGCAAUCGGCGCACGAGAGCUCUGCCGAGUUCAUGGAGCAACCCACGCCGCUUCGCACCAGCUCCCAAGGAAACCCAGGCGGAGCUUCGCAGGCUCCCAGCACGCCCGAGGCCAUGGCGACCCCGGCGCCCGAGGACGACGACGAGCAAGGGGAUGAUCUGAUCCGGCAUUUCUCGCAGCGAGUGCACUGA